UACCAUAAUUGUCCAUCUCUAAUACCAUCAACCUCGCGGUCCGAGUUUUGUUUAUUUGUUAUUUGUAUGAUAACAUGAAUAUUUUAACUAAAGUAAACUAUACUUGCAGGGUAAGCUCAGUUUUGAACAAGGAAGUGAAGCAAUAUGGAAAACAGUUUAUGUUUGAUAUGAAAGAAGAUACAUCUUGGAGUUCCGAUGAGGGAACCCCCCAAUGGAUUACCCUGAGUUUGGAUGAGCCGCAAAAAAUUUCUGGCUUCUGUUUUCAAUUUCAAGGAGGAUUUGCUGGUCAGAAAUCGGAAAUAAUCAUGUACUCCUCCGAUGGAGCCCAGUUUCAUCAAGAACCCUUUUAUCCUGAAGAUAUAAACUCUCCUCAGAUCUUUCAAGUUAAAGAUACAGUCCGGGAAAAAGCUUGUUCAAAGAUUAAGUUUGUCUUCGAGUCCAGUACAGAUCUGUUUGGUAGAAUCAUUGUUUACAAUCUCCAGCUGUUAAGCUAGCCUUGCCUAAAUACCAAAAUAUGUAUAUGUGUACAAACUCUCUUCUUAUCAACUUGUAUAAAAAUGAACAAUUAUCUAUACAUCAAA